GGAGGAUGAGCCUGAUGUGGGCAGAAUUCAAAUGACCUGGACAGUGCUGUGAACAAGCUACAAGCAGCUCCCAGAGCCUUGAGAUGGCACCGAAAACCAAAAAGGGAUUGAAAGGCUCCAUUGAUGAUGUCCUUGGUGACCUCUUGGGGGAUGAGACGACACUACCUGAGGAGCCUGUUAAACUAGCUUCACGUGCCCGAGACGCCACAGGUGCUGCCCAGGCGCUCCCUUCUUCCCAGGCUCGAACGAAGUCCCUCCUGGAAGACUAUGCCUUCAGCACCACGGCAGGCGUCCCGGGACCUGAUGCUGAGGUGUCCGACGUCUCAGAGGCAGACCCACAGAUUUUGCUCCAGGCAAUGAAGGAUCUGGACGACAUGGAUGCCGAUCUCUUAGGUCUGAAGAGGUCUAAUCUGACCUCUAGCAAAAGAGCUGCCAAGGGUCCUGGGGAAGAAGAGCUGCCUAGUCAUCCCAAACCUGCCGGGGACACCGUUCCUGCCAAGAAGCCCCCUCCCUCUCCCAGCAGCCUUGGGCAUCAAUACAGAAAGUUUUCCUUCGAAGAUUUGGAAGACCCAUUGGCGGGACUUCUCUCCGACGAUGAGGAAGGAAUCACCAAGAAGCCCCCUGGGACCGAGAGUAAAAUGGCUUCCAAAAAGAGCCCAGCCCCAGUCAGAAAUCAAGGUCCAGCUAUUCCACUAACUCCUGGGGACACCCCGGUCCGAAAGAAAGAAGAAGUGCUAUUUGAUGAGGAGGACGAUGUCGUGGCCACCCUGGGGUUUGCAGACAGCCCCACAGCAGAAAGGAGGCAGAUGGGCGACCAGGAAGGGCCCCGUCCUGCUCGCUCCAGGCUGGAUGAGCUGCUGGGUCGGGGCACUGCCACCAAGCUCCUGGCCCGCCCGGGCACUGGGGAGCACAGGGAAUUCAAGCUGGACAAGAAGUACCAGAGGCCCCAGGACAAGGAAGAUUCCUGGGGUGAUGAGGACUUCACCUUUGGGGCCUAUCAGCCCACCAUGGGCUCUUGUGAGGGCCGCCAGUCCCACCGGCAGUCGGUCAGUAGGUUCUUAACAGAAGGUAGCGCAGACACCAAGGGAGAACCAGGCUCCAAACAGAGCACCCCAGCGGCCUCCAGCCCCACUCACCCCAGGAAGGGAGGAGCUGACUGGUUGGGCCUCAAGGACGACGACCUGCUCCCUCCCUCUCCCACCAGAGAGGCUCAGAGGGGAGGCUCAGCACUCUCCACUCCUUCCGUGCUCCCUCCCAGGAGCCAGCACUCUGACUCAGGCCGGUGCUCUGCCCCAGCUGGACUGCCUUCCUCCUCUUUGGGGCCAAAGCCACCAACGGAGAGUGCAGGUUUCCCUGCCAAAGCCAGCCAGCCUUCCCAGCUGGGAGUGUCUAAGGACAAAGAGGAAGAGGAUUGGCUGAGCCAUGCCUUAUCUCGGAAGAAGUCCCAAGGUCUGGCCAGAGAGGAGCACACAGAGGCCUCUAAGGGCCAGAACCGGGUGGGAGCAGGAGGCAGUCCCCCUUCCAGCAGCCAACCUGUUCCCAGCACUCAAGGGUUCAAGCAAGCAGCCGCUGGAGGGCCCUCAGGAACAGCGACACAGAAGCCACCGACCAGACCUGCCACCUCGGGGUCCCCUGUGACUUGGAACCAGGCUGCCUUGACCCUCCCUGCAGGUGACCCAAAGAGGGGAACAGCCCUUGGAGACCUCUCCAGCGUUGAGCCCGCAGCUUGUGUCCCGAGCUCCCAGGAACCCCCAGGGCCUUCUGUGCCUGCCCAGUCCCUGCUCCUCGAGUCCCUGGCGCAGAGCCUGCUGCCGGGCACAGAAUACCAGAGGCAGCUUCUGGCCGCCCAAGUGCAUCUGCAGAGCGGCACGGCCGAGCUCCAGGCCGACCUUCUGCAGAGCCAGGCCCGGCUGGCAGAGCUGGAGGCCCAGGUGCGGAAGCUGGAGCUGGAGCGGACCCAGCACCAGCUCUUGCUAGAGAGCUUGGAGCAGCGGCACCAGGCCGACCUGGAGCUCAUCGAGAGUGCCCACAGAAGCCGUGUCAAGGUGCUAGAAACAUCGUACCAGCAACGGGAGGAGCGGCUGCGGAGAGAGCACGAGGAGCUGUCGGCCCGGUAUCUGUCGUACUGCCGAGAAGCCGAGCAGGCCCGCGCCGAGCUCACAGCCCAGCACCAGCAGCGCUUGGCGGCUGCCGUGCAAGAGAAGGACCAUGAGAUGGAGCGGCUCCGGGCACUGCAGCGGGCCUCCAUCCUGGAGAUGCGCCAGGACCACGAGGAGCAGCUGCAGCGGGUGAAGCUGCUGAAGGACCGAGAGAUUGACGCGGUCACCAGCGCCACCUCCCACACGCGGUCCCUGAAUAGCAUCAUCGAGCAGAUGGAGAAGUUCUCCAGCAGCCUGCAUGAGCUGUCCUCCCGCGUGGAGGCCUCACACCUCACCACCGCCCAGGAGCGGGAGCUGGGGCUCCGGCAGCGCGACCAGCAGCUCAGAGUGCUGCAGGAGAGGCUGGGCCAGCAGCAGCGGGACAUGGAAGAGGAGAGAAGCCGGCUCCAGGAGGUCAUCGGGAAGAUGGAGGCACGCCUGAACGAGCAGAGCCGGCUGCUGGAGCAGGAGCGAUGGCGGGUGAAUGCCGAGCAGUCCAGGGCUGAGUCCACGCAGCGCGGUCUAGAAGAGCAGAGGAAGGUCAUGGUCCAGCAGAUCACCAUGGAACGGGAGGAGCUGGAGAAGGCCAAGAGCGCCUUGCUGGAGGAGCAGAAGUCCGUCAUGCGCAAGUGUGGGGAGGAGCGGCGGCGCCUCGCAGCCGAGUGGGCCGAGUUCUAUGCGCAGCAGAAGCUGAGUAAGGAGCGGGCUGAGCGUGAGGCAGAGAGGGCGCUGCAGGUGGACACCCAGCGGGAGGGCACCCUCAUCAGCCUGGCCAAGGAGCAAGCCGAGCUGAAGAUCAGGGCCAGUGAGCUCCGAGCCAAGGAGGAUCAGCUGGCGGCCGAGAGGGAGGCCCUGGAGCGGGAGCGGCAGGAGCUGCGGCUGGAGAAGGAGAGGGUCAGCGCUGCUGCCCUGCGCACCAGGCUCCGUGCCGAGGAGGUGGAGAGCAUGAGCCAGGUAGCCUCGGAGAAGUUGGAGGAGGGGCAGCGGGCGCUGCGCGAGGCCCGGCAGGUGCAGCAGGAGCAGCAGGCACGGCUACAGCUGGUACAGCGGCAGCAGGAGCAGCUGCGGCAGCAGGAGCAGCGCGUGCACCAGGAGCACCUGAGUCUGGCCCAGCAGAGGCUGCUGCUGGACCACAUCCGACAGGACCUGCCCUCCAGCCCCGUGGUGCUGCUCCCCAGGACCCAGGGCCCGGCAGCCCCCUGCCUGGGUGCCACUGUGGCUCCUGCCGCCACCGCGCCCCGGUGCAGCUGGCCCCCUGCUGGCCUGGGCCCCUCGCACCUCCACGCCAAGCUGGUGCUGCUGAAGCACACAGCGGAGCAGGACCGUGACUUCUUGGAGAAUGAACAGUUCUUCCUGGAGACCCUGAAGAAAGCCUCCUACAAUAUGACAUCCCAUUCAGCCUGAAGGGCGCCACUGGCUCCUCAGUGGAGGCCUCCAACCCUGGAAGUCUCUCCCACCGCACCCCUGGCUGCCGGCUCCGAGGAGGGAGUACCCAGGGCCUGAUUACAGCUCCUCCUGGGGACAGGGUGCGAGCACGUGCUCUCUGCACACUCCAGCCUCUAGGGCUUGAGGAGCAGUGGCCUCUGGGGAGAUGUGAUGCCGAAGGUGUCUCAGCCCCAUGACCCUGCCAGCCACAGCUUCGGUUCUCCUCCCCCAGACUUCCAGCUCAGAUCCAAGGGCUCACUGGGCUCUGUGAACCCCUCCCUUCCUCAGCAGGCAGAUGGUUGGGGGAUAUUUUCACCUGGGCCUCUUCUGAGGCGGGGGAGUCUUCUAGAGAGACGCCACGGACAGCCUCCUGCCCUCUCUGUCUGAGAGGCCUACAGGGACAGCACGGGCUCUCCUCCCUAACUGGGACACAGAGAGCACAUGUUUUGAAGCGCCUUCUAUCCUCUUGACCAAGGAGGCGGGCGGUGUUGUGGGGCACAGAGGGGGCAGGGAGGGCGCCGUGCCCAGCCAGGUUUUACCUCGCAGCCUUGUGCUCUCAGGUUGGCUGGCAGAAAGUCCCUGCCUCAUUCCCAGCUGCCUGAAUCACUGACCAGCCCUCACGAAUACUGGCCUGUCGCUUCUUGUAAUUAGGGCUUCCCAGAGGCAGCUGGGCGUGACAGUGGGGUGUGGUGAGCGACCAGUAGAGAGGCCUCUCUGUCCUGUUCACCUGCUACGAAGCCACAGCAGGUGGGAGCAAAGACUGGAGAGUGAAGGCCGCUGCCACAGCUGGGAGGGUAGAGAGCACUGGGGACCCCCACAGGGCCUUACCCAGGCUGCCGCCCCUGGGAGGGCGCCUUUGCACUUCUUCCUGCAGGGGCGCCAGGAGAGGGGCGGCAGCUUGGCAGUUGUCCCAGCAAACCCGAGGACAGAUGGACUCCACUAACAUAACCACGGCCACUCCUGAAGCGGCUUUCCUCAGCCAGCGACUGGUUACCUUCCACUGGAGGACAAAGGGCAGAGGAGGACGAGGCUGAGGGGGUACCAGAACAGCCUUCAGAAGGAUCUUCAUUUACGAGCUAUUUCCGGCUUUUAUCUUGGACCCAUUAAAUUGCUAUAUUCUUAACGAUUCGAUUGUUAGAAUUUGCCUUGACUCCUGAGAGUUUAUACUUAUCUCUUAGACGUGUUCCCUCUGUAGCACUGUUACAUGCUAUAAAGCUGGCUGGCGCUGGGACCUUCCUGAAUCUGUACA